CCAUAAAAAUUGGCACAUCCGAGUAUUGGGUACUAAUAUUCUAACAUCAUAUUGGACCAUACGUGGCUCCCAUCGUGAGGCGGUGGAGGGAGAGAAGUGCAAUUAUGAUUCUUCGGUCUUCUGAGCCAGAAGCAGGAUCGCUGUUGGGAUUGGAAAAGGCCCCCGUGGAUUAAAAGAAUAUGUACCCCCCAAGUUGGAUUCUCUUUUGCCCUCUGGGAACUCGUUGAGGACCAAUAUAAAUAGGGGCUUGAAGCAGCGUUUUUCCUCAAGGAUUUGGUUUUGUGGGCAGGGCGGGUCUCCAUUGUCGACAGUCUGCAAAGCCGAGUUCUUCACCAUGGACGCCGUUGAGAUAUCGGUCCAAGCCAAAUAUGAAUGCCUGCUGUUUGACAUGGAUGAUACGCUGUACCCUCUAAGCACGGGCUUAAACUUGGCUUGUCGAAGGAAUAUUGAAGAAUACAUGAUUAAUCACCUUAACAUAGAUGAGAAGGAAGUCCCAAAGAUGUGCCUCGAACUGUACAGGGAACAUGGCACAACAAUGGCUGGUCUCAAGGCGUUGGGUUUUGAAUUCGACAAUGAUGAGUUUCAUGAAUAUGUGCAUGGCAGACUGCCCUACGAAAAUCUUAAGCCAGAUCCCGUCUUGAGGAACUUGCUGCUUUCAAUGCCUCAACGGAAAAUAAUAUUCACAAAUGCUGACAAAGCCCACGCUGCUAAAGUUCUUUGCAAGCUAGGCCUCGAAGAUUGUUUUGAAGGAGUCAUUUGCUUUGAAACACUUAAUCCCUCAAAUGACAAUCAUGGUGAUUCAGAUCAUUUCUCCAUGACUGAAACUAGUGUGGACAAUAUUGAUUCAGACGAUUCCUCAGAAUAUGAGACGGACGAGUCAGUUAGCGGCGGUUGCUCGCACAUAGUUUGUAAGCCAUCUCCUGAAGCUUUCCAUGCUGCUAUACGCCUCGCAAACGUCAACCCCAAAAAGACAAUCUUCUUUGAUGACAGUGUGCGGAACAUAGCGACAGCCAAGACAACUGGUCUCGUUACUGUCAUAGUGGGUAAGGAAGCGCUUGUACCAGGUGCGGAUUUUGCACUGAACAGCAUCCACAACAUUCGAGAAGCAAUACCAGAGAUAUGGGAGUGUGGAGAAGAGGAUCAGAUGGAGCAAGUUCUUCCCCUAACAGGGGUAGAAACAGUAGUCCUUGCAUAAAAAUCUCAGAGCAAACAUUAGAAGUGUAGCACUUCUGUCUUCUCCACCUUAAUGUAGUAGAAUGUAAGCCUACAGAAAAAAUGUAAUCCUCCCGAGUUUCCGUUCAUAAUCGAAAAGGAGGGCUGUUCUGUUACUCAUACAGACUAGUGAUGAUAAUAACAAGCAUUUACUGAAA